AUGGCAGCCCACGCAGACCGCCAAACAACAUCCUUCAUCCAUAGUGCUGGCAACCCCUCGGAGUGGAAGAAGAAGGAGCAGGUGCGCCGCCAACAUCAGCAUGCUGCCAGUGUAGCACACCAGAGGGGGCAGAGGAAGAGAUUGCCACGGUCGCAAACUCAUCCUGGGCCUGGCACCAGCUCUACCGCUCUGACAACCCCCGCCCCUCGACCAGAUCCCGGUGGCAGUAGAUUCGAUCCCUUUGAUGCCUUCUUUGUCAACAAUCUGUCUGUACACGCGCAGAUGAUGUUUAAAUCCGCCAUCAUCGAUCAAUGGCCGUCCUUCGCACUGUCAAGCAGGAAACAAGACAUCGACAGAUGGCGGACCGUCACAAUACAAUAUGCACUUGAGUCUCCCUAUCUGGUGCCAGCAAUCACCUACGCAGGGUCUUCCUAUCGCUAUUUCUUUGGCUCACGGGACUCGUCUGCCAAAUUUCAUCGCAUCAGUUUCUACCAUGAAACAUUGAGACAGCUUCGGGAGGCAAUGCUGAGCCCCGACAGUCAAUGUGGGGAUGCAAUGCUCCUGGCGAUCGCCAUCUUGACCAUCCACGGCCCUCCUAACGACAUGCAAGGGCGGACUAUCGUAGGCUCUCAGCAAUUAAGAGAUUACGAGUACUACGGCAGCAAAACAUGGGAACCAACUCACUUUCAGGCGUUGUUCUCCCUGGUAAAGCAAAGAGGUGGACUGCACAAAAUCGGCAUCGACUCUCUAGCCGGCAUUAUCAUGACGAUUGAUAUUGUUGAGUCAAUUUCGGUUCUGAGGACCCCUGCUUUUCCUCUCUUCUUCCCUCCGAGCCCCAUCCUCCAGGCGCUCCGUCGGUGCCGCAAGCCGGACAAGAGCAAUUCAUGCGACGGUUUUCGGUUUUUAAGGAACAAACACCUUGGUCGACGGCUUCUAUCCAUCAUUGAGGACGCUGACGCUUUACUCGACGCCUACGACACAUUUCUAAAUGACUCUGGUUCUAGUAUAGAUUUUGGGCAGUUAGUCGCGGCGUGGCGCAUUUUGCAACACCAAGCACUGUCACUGCCAAGCGGCGAGGAUCUCCUGUUCAACCUAUGUCGGGUCGCUGUCAUAGUUUUUCUAGUCGAAUGCCUCGAACCUUUGCCAGUCACUGGAGCUUUCCACCGGAACGGUUCACGAGGACUGAUGAUGUUAAUUGACGAGUGUGAUAAGCGGGACUUUUGGCAGACGUCUCCUAACACAAUGCUCUGGGCAACUGUUGUCGGUGGUUUCAUCAGCCGCGAGACAUCUCUGCGCUUGUGGUACAUCGAACAGCUUCGUGGAAGUCCAGUACCGACGACUGCAGAGCAUUGGGACAAGGUUUUGCACUUGGGGGCGGCAUAUCUUCCGUUCAGACAUCGACAAGCACAAGGUUGUCAACAGUUCUGGACCGAAGGAUGCAGUUGGCUGGCACUUGCCAAUCCAUAUGUGAGAACAAGCUAG